AUGGCGAAGCCGCUGACGGACAACGAGAAGCGGAAGCAGACUGGCGUGCGCGGCCUGGUGGGGCUGGGCGACGUGGCUGAGGUGCGGAAGAGCUUCAACCGGCACUUGCACUUCACGCUGGUCAAGGAUCGCGAAUGUGGCCACGCCUGCGACUACUUCUUGGCGCUGGCGCACACGGCAGGGACCACCUGGUGGGCCGCUGAUCCGCACGCAGCAGCAUUUACUACGAGCGCGACUCCAGCCCGCGCCCUCCCCGGGGCACAUGAUGCCGAGCUCCGGAGCCUGGCGGAUGUUCCGGUCUCUUUUCUGGCCGUGCGCUUCCCGCGCUGGCUGCAGAGCUCGCUCCCCUGCCCUGCCUCCAGCCACCUUUUGUUUUCCUGCAGCAGCCUGUGGGAGAAGAUGGGACUGGAACCCGGCCUGGGCAGCCUUGUGGGUUGGAAGAGGAUCCUGAGCAACAAGGACGUGGUCUGUUGGCAGCUCCUGACCCCUGAGGAUUACCAGCGAUUUCUAGACCUGAGCAUCUCCAUUGCUGAAAACCGCAGUGCCUUCAGCUACCAUUGCAAGACCCCAGAUUGCAAGGGAUGGUGCUUCUUUGAGGAUGAUGUCAACGAGUUCACCUGCCCUGUGUGUUUCCAUGUCAACUGCCUGCUCUGCAAGGCCAUCCACGAGCAGAUGAACUGCAAGGAGUAUCAGGAGGACCUGGCCCUGCGGGCUCAGAAUGAUGUGGCUGCCCGGCAGACGACAGAGAUGCUGAAGGUGAUGCUGCAGCAGGGCGAGGCCAUGCGCUGCCCCCAGUGCCAGAUCGUGGUACAGAAGAAGGACGGCUGCGACUGGAUCCGCUGCACCGUCUGCCACACCGAGAUCUGCUGGGUCACCAAGGGCCCACGCUGGGGCCCCGGGGGCCCAGGAGACACCAGCGGGGGCUGCCGCUGCAGGGUGAAUGGGAUUCCUUGCCACCCAAGCUGUCAGAACUGCCACUGAGCAAGUGGUGGGACCCCAUGCUGACCCAGCCCCACAUCCACAUUCUGUUACGGGGCAGGGCUGGGCUUGGGACUUUGGCUCCAACUUCUGGCUGGGAGAUGCUUUUGUGCGGAGACCAAGUCCCUGAGCUUCGUGGACGGCCUUGCUUGCUGUAGCGUUGUAGGGGCCCUGCCUGCACUGCUGUUGUCCAUGGUCACAUCUGCCCCAGUGCGUUUGUCCUUCCCUUGGGGCUUGCCAGCCAGACUUCUCUCCCCUGCAGCUCCCACCUCUGCCUGACCCCAGCCUUAAACACAGCCCCUGGCCAGAGGCCUUGCUGGGUGGAGCCUCUGUGUGACUCCAUACUCCGCCCACCACAACACUCAUCUUUCGAAUACCAAGCACUCUCAGCCUCCCUGCCUUCCCCUGUCAGCUUUCCAGGGCUAACUGUUCUCUGCCUUUGUGGUUGGAGGCCCGGGGCGCUUAGAACUCUUGCUAACCUGUUCAGAGCCGGGAAGGAGACUGGGCAGUUUUGAAAGCACAGCUCCUCAGGUCCAGUUCUGCGUCUCCCUCUCUGCAGCGUUUGUAAGCUAUUAUAAUUAAAAUGGUUUUCUGGGAAA